CUGAGGCUUGUGUGGGCUGCGCUCUGGAGCCACCAGUUCUAUUCCUGCCACAGUGUGGGAACAAGCUAUGUUUAGGGCUGUGUGGUGAAACAGUUUCCAGCCAGACAUCAGGCAAAGCCCAGCAGUCCCUGGGGCCGUUUAGACCCCGAUCUCCCAGCAGAGGUCGUCCAAGAAGCCGGGGCCCCACGUGUGGGGCACAGCUGAGGCUCCACCCCGACCAGGUGCCAGCCACUUGCCUCCUGGGUGCCUUGGAGCUGUGCUGUGUGCUGGAGGCACUGCAGCCGGUUGGGCCAGAGGGGCUGGAGGCCUGGCUUCUGGCACCGGUCCUGCUGCUCUUCACAUCUUCAGGCCUGGCUCCCUUGUGUUAAAUGGGGUCAGGGGACACCGAGAUUUGCUUGUUUGACGGAUGUAAAUUUCCUUCCCUGAAGGGGGGAGCCCCUGAUUUCUCGCAGGCAAUAGUGCCCGCCCGCAGGAACCUGGGGUGACUAAUGCCACAAAAACCGGCCACAAUCGUUUUAGGACGGCGGGCCUUGGAGGGCUGCUGCCUUUGGUGAUCCCGGAACCCAGCGGGUGCCGCGUCUCUACCUGGGGCCUCCAUCACCUCCACCGAGCCAUGUACCAGGCUGCAGGAGCUGCCCAGGCCACCCCCUCUCAUGAAGCCAAAGGCAGCGGUGGCAGCAGCACUGUCCAGCGCUCCAAGUCCUUCAGCCUUCGGGCCCAGGUGAAGGAGAGCUGUGCCGCCUGCCAGAAGACCGUGUACCCUAUGGAGCGCCUGGUGGCAGACAAGCUCAUUUUCCACAACUCUUGCUUCUGUUGCAAGCACUGUCACACCAAGCUGAGCCUGGGCAGCUACGCGGCACUGCACGGGGAAUUUUACUGCAAGCCCCACUUUCAGCAGCUGUUUAAGAGCAAAGGCAACUAUGAUGAGGGCUUUGGCCGGAAGCAGCACAAGGAGCUCUGGGCCCACAAGGAGGUGGACGCCGGCACCAAGACGGCCUGAGGCCCCUCUGCUGUCCACCCCCUCCGUAGAAGAGGGCCUGGAGUGGGGCAGUGGGAAGGGUGGGAAAGAGAUUGGACCUGGGCUCCGGUUGGGGGGCAGGGUGGGAGGGGGAUAAGGUCAUCUUGCUCAGGCAGAGGGUUGGGGGGGGGCAGAGCUCCAGGAUUCUUUCAUUCUCCCUGGGGGUGGGUGGUGGUGGUUUGGGAAUCAGGAUUGGGGGUUUCUCACCACCCUGCUUCCUACUUUUCAGCCUACCCCACUUCACCCUAUGGCCCCCUGGGAGGUCCCCAAGCCCAGCUUCCCUAUCUAGGUGCCUUUUCUCCAGCAAGGAGUCAGCAUGCCCCCCUCAGGGUCCCAAGCUCCCUCACUGCCACCUGGGGCCCUCUGUGGCCCCCACAUCUCCCCAUCUACCUCUGCCCUUAGCCUGGUCCUGAGCCAUGGAGACUGGAGGAAGGAGAGCCAGUGUGCCCUCGCUGGGCCUCACAGAAUGCCCACCAAGGCCCUGUGGGGGAGUGGAGGGGGAAGUUGAUUAGCCCUGCCCUCCCCCCCCCCCCCCGGCCCCAUAGGCGAGGCAGGGCAUGCCCAGUGGGACUGGGGACCCAUCUUGCACCACCGGAGUCAAGAAGCGGAAGCUAAAGCACCGCCAGGCUGAGAGCCACAGAGACUGGCUGGGUGGGGGCUGGCAUUGGCCAUGCUCCCCUCCUCUUGUCCCCUAUUGCUGCCGGUUCUGACUGUUGCGAUCAACCCUGUUUUAAACAUGUUUUAACAGAUCCUGA